ACGUCAGUCUGAUGUUGAGCGACUGUUCAGAAGAUAUGGGAAGGUUGAUAGGGUGGAUCUGAAGUCCGGGACAAAGCAAUUCAACAUGGGAUUGAUGCCCUCGUACAAAUGUGGGAGCUUUCUACUUUCUCUGGUUCCUCCGUUGCAUGGCUGCAACAUUGUUCAGACUACACGACACAGCAAUUAAAGUGCCUUCUCUUGUUGAGUCCUAAUGGGGUUUCAGGAUAUAGCUAAUAAAGGGAAAAUUAUCAUGUACAACCAUUGAAAAAACAAUCUUUUUAAAACGAACUCAUUGACCCUUUUUCCUAUCAGUCAGACCACAUGAAGAUGAAAAAUUCCAGUUACAUUUAUUUUCUUAAUUUCUGUCUGUCGAUCAGUGACCUUUUUGUGGUGAAAAAAAUAAAAUUGUUUUGCUCCUAAAACAGCAUUGCAGAUAUGCCCUGUUGUUGUCAAUGGAAGGAUUAAAAUGCUCAUAUAAUUUGUGCUCUCCCUCGUGGCUGUGGAUUUUGAAUAUACCUUGAAAUUUGCAUCUAAUUUCAUCCUUUUCAGCAUGGAUGUUAAGGAACAUACCAUCUGGCAGCCGCUAUGGAGAGGUCUGAGCUAAUAGUUAAAGGGGUCAACAUGUUUUUUGAAAUAAUUAAUCUUUAAAUGGUUGUAUCUGUCAUUUUCCCUUUAAGACAACAACUCUUUUGUUGAAGCAUAAAACCCCCAUACUCAACAAUUUCUUUGACGCAGGAUUACUUGGAAUGCCCAUGCUCUUAUUGGAUGGAUGGGCCCUUCUGCAUUUCUUUUCUAGCAUUUGCCCAGACUUCGCCUUCCUGUGUUUUUCUGGAAGAACCAAUCUGAUCUGCAAUGGCACUACCAUCCUACAUUCCCUGAGACACCAUUGCCUUUUCAUUCCUCAUGACCUUUGCUCAGUCCUCAAUUUCCGACAUGUUUCAACAUAGAAAUCAAUGCUGAUCUCGCAGCCAGUGGCAGGAUUUGCUUUUGUUUAUAUGGAUGAUGAACGGGAUGCAGAGGAUGCAAUUCGAAGACUUGACAGGACAGUAUUUGGCAGAAAGGGGCGUCAACUUCGUGUUGAAUGGACAAAGCAAGAACGAGGGAUUAGAAGGCCUGGUGGUGCAAGAAAAUCUUCAGCUAAUAUGAAACCCUCAAAAACCUUGUUUGUGAUUAAUUUUGAUCCAAUUCAUACUCGGACCAGGGAUCUGGAGAGGCACUUUGACCUAUAUGGGAAAAUAUUGAACAUAAGGAUCAGAAGGAAUUUUGCAUUCAUUCAGUUUGAAUCACAGGAGGAUGCCACCAAAGCAUUGGAUGCAACAAACAUGAGCAAGUUCAUGGAUCGGGUUAUUUCAGUAGAAUAUGCGGCUCGAGAUGAUGAUGAUGAUAGAAGAAAUGGGUAUAGCCCUGAAAGAAGAGGACGUGACAUGUCUCCUGAUAGGAGAAGUCAUGAUCGAGGGCGAUCCCCAAGUCCAUACCAUAGGGAUAGGGCUAGCCCAGACUAUGGGCAUGGAGCAAACGCAAAUUCCAGGUCUGAACAGCGAGGAAGCCCUAACUAUGACAGAGAUGAAAGCCCAGUCAAUGAGAGAUACCACAGCCGAUCACCCCCACCACGUGAAAGAUCCCGAUCUUGAGAAGAAUCAGAAGAAGGGCUCCAGGGUGACUGAUUAGUGGGACAUUUCUGUCCUUAAAACUUUGUUACGGCCUCUGAUUUUCAGGGCCUGGUUGUUCAACUCAUAUACGUGUCCUAAUGACGAUCAUUAAGAUUUUGAACUGUGACACGCUUCUGAACUUGUAGGUGUGAUGUUUCUUGUUUUAGUUCUGGUUCCUUGAACUUUCAUUCUCCAUGUUUUGAAUCCUUGAGGGUUUGAGAUUUCAUUAUUUUAAAGUUUAAGAACAAUCGUCUUAGGAGGCUCAGUGGCUGAAUUGAAAUUUUCUUCUACAA